CUUCAAGAGUGGUGGUUUCUCUUCUCAAUGCCAGAUUUAUCAGGCUCCUCAGUCGACAAAAGCAUCACUCCAAGAAACAGGGACACAAAGGCAUUUAAAAAGAGAUGUCAAUCUCUGCGAAAAUGAAUUCUUUCUGCACCAAUCUCUGUGAGAUUCAUGAAGAAAAUUAAAUUGGAAGUUUAAGGAUAUCCCAGUUGAUCCUGGAGGGCUCUUUGCCAGCAUUCUGUCCUAUGGACACAUGGGCUUGUCUUCUUCAUUGAAUUUAGCUAACUUCCAGGAGUUUGGAUUCUGACUUCCAACAAUGCAUCACCUGUGAAAACUGAUCUGCACCCACCCUUCAAAACAGUGAUGGAUUAAUUAGAACUUUAGAAACCAAAGGAAAAUUGAGGGGGGCGGUGCGCACAGUAAAAGAGAAUUCGAUGUUGAAAACAAACUACAAAAGACUAAUUUCCCUGUUCUUACAUCCCAAGAAUUACUGUUAUUGCCACCUGAAGAAGAAACAAUGAACAGCACAUGUAUUGAAGAACAGCACGACCUGGAACACUAUCUGUUUCCAACUGUUUACAUCUUUGUGAUUUUUGUCAGCAUCCCAGCCAAUAUCGGGUCUCUCUGUGUGUCCUUCCUGCAAGCCAAGAAGGAGAACGAGCUGGGAAUUUACCUCUUCAGCUUAUCGCUGUCGGAUUUGCUGUACGCCUUAACUCUCCCUCUGUGGAUUGAUUACACUUGGAAUAAAGACAACUGGACUUUCUCGCCUGCCUUGUGCAAAGGGAGUGCCUUCUGCAUGUACAUGAACUUCUACAGCAGCACGGGCUUCCUCACCUGCAUUGCCGUUGAUCGGUACUUAGCUGUGGUCUACCCUUUGAGAUUCUCUUUUCUCAGGACCAGAAGAUUCGCCUUCAUGGUCAGCCUCUGUAUCUGGGUGUUGGAAUCUAUCUUUAAUGCUGUCAUUUUGUGGGAGGAUGAAACAACCAUUGAAUACUGUGAUGCCAGACGGUCUAAUUUCACCUUAUGCUAUGACAAAUACCCUCUGGAGAAGUGGCAGAUCAACCUCAACCUGUUCAGGACCUGCACGGGCUACGCGGUACCCUUGGUCAUCAUCGCGAUUUGCAACCAGAAAGUCUAUCAAGCUGUCAGGCACAAUCAAGCCACAGAAAGCCGUGAAAAGAUAAGGAUCAUUAAACUGCUGGUUAGCAUCACCCUGACCUUCGUCCUCUGUUUCACUCCCUUUCAUGUGAUGCUGCUGGUCCGCUGCAUCUUAGAGCGCAACAUAAAUUUGGAGGACAAGUCCGGGAGGCAGACGUACACCAUGUACAGAAUCUCCGUGGCCCUGACAAGUCUCAACUGUGUGGCGGACCCCAUUCUGUACUGCUUUGUAACCGAAACAGGGAGGUCCGACAUGUGGAGCAUACUGAAAUUCUGUACUGGGAUCUGCAACAAAUCCCAAAGGCAAAGGAACUGCACCCUUUCCAUGUCUACAAAAGACACUGUGGAGCUAGAGGUCCUGGAAUAGAAUGAAGGAUGGGGGCAGGGAGAGGAGGUCUGUGGCAUCAUUGCAUCCAGAUCACAUUUUGUAAAAGGAAUCAAUCGGAGCCUGGGAGGCGACAGGUGUUCUCAGUGAAGAUUUUAAUCCGGUCCAAUGGAAAUGUUUGAAAGCACAUUGUACCUCUUCCUGCUAGUCUUUUAUUAAAUGAGAUGGAUUAAUAAAAUCUAAUAUUUUCCCAAUGAA